AUGAGACUGAUUUUUCAACAACUUUCAUAUACUUCAUGCAGUACUAGGUACGAACGAAGAGCGAAGCUCGUGAUGGGACCGAAGAAGGUGAAGAAGAGCAAAGCAACAGCGAAGACAGCCGCAGCAGGGGAAAGAUCGAGGCGUGCAACACCAGCACCACCACGAGAACCGACGAGAAGGUCGGGUCGACGUCAUGGUCAAACGCAACUGCAACCGCACUUGCAACCGCAACGGCAGGUUGCGGAGGGCAACCCAGGUGACGCCGAAGAGCCAGAGACCGCAGAAGCCCAAGAUCAACCGGCCGCAGCGCAGGAUGAAGCUGACGCUAUCCUCCCAGACGCACAGAUCCUAGCUGAGCUGAGUGAGACGCAAGUUUGCCAAUACCAGACCCGCGUCGCCAGACUGACAACAACACUCCAAGUCCAUCCCGACCCCGAGAACACCACCACCAGCCGACUAGGCUAUCGCGCGCUCCUCCAUCUCACAUACCAACCUCAAGAUGGUGACGGCGAAAGCGGUGAGCAGACUGACCAAAUAGGCUACAUCGAGUCCUGGCGCAUCGACAAACAGACCGCCGCUCGCCGCGCAGCGAAGAAUACUUGGCUCGCAGAGCUUCUGAACACGACUCCGGAUCGCAUGCCGGAUAACUCGCGUGAGACCGGGUAUUGUCUCCAAGCACUCUACUUCAAGAAAGGGACGUUGAAGCAGAAAUUCCGCAAUGGUGAGUUCGCACAAGCACUUACUAGUAACAGUCUCAUCUUCAUCGGGAUGAUCUUCAUCGAGCCCAGAUUUGGCAGGAAUAGAUUCGUCGAUGUGGCUUUGGCGAGCUAUCAUACCCUGCUGACGCAGCUCCCGGAGUGGUAUGCUUUCGAGGGUACGAUCGUUUUGGUUCCGGGUCAGCCUCAAGGCAGGCGAGGCGAGGCGUGGGGAGAGCUUGAAGAAGAGCAGGUCCAGGCGAUACUGACUCGUGUGUAUCAGCGCAGUGGGUACGCUGUCUGGGGCAAGGACUUGAAGGCCGGAGACAAAGCCAUCACCGUGAUGGGUCGUACCGUUUCUACUCUGAUGGCCGUGGAAGAGGAUGGAGAUAAGCAACAGUAA